UCUCGCUCUCUCUCUCUCUCAUUUUUUUCGCGUCUACGGGUUCUCUUACAUUCUUCUUUUGCUUCUGUAAUUUGGUGUUUAGGUAUUGAGAAAUAUGGUUUAACUGAAUGGGAAAUUCGAAAGGAUUCAUAGUUUGAGUUGUACUUUUUAUUUUAUCGGGUUGAUGAUUGUUUUGAUUUUUAACUUCUUGUUUUGCUUUCUUUUUUUGUUGUUCUCUUCGGCAAUUAAAGAGAGAUAUUUUCUGGGUUUUCUUGUUUUUGCAAUUCCAAGUUGGUUUCUGUGUUUUGCAUUAAUUACUCUUUAGUGUGCUGCUGUAUUAAUUUAAAAUGCGUCUUUGCCAUUAUUUGGUUUGGUUAUAAUGUGUCAUUACAGUCUGAAUUCUUGAAUUGAAUCGAUUCAUAAUUCUUCUAUAGUGAAAUUUUACUUUUUUAUCUGUUGAAUUAAUACAUGACAAUAAUAAUUUGAAAUAUUAUCACAAGUUCUUGCAUCCCUGUAAUUUGUAUCUUUUGGUUGCUGAAACUCCUGUGCAAAACCACGUGGCGUGGAUGUAUUUUUGUGCAAAGUUCAUAAAACUGUUCGAAUUCUUCUAUUGGAUUCUUGAAAUACACGACUAUUUAUGCCUUUUUUUUGUUCUAAAUUCAUUUGUUCUCAUAAUUUGUCUUUUUUAAUCUACUUACAGUACGCAAAUGAGGUAUGUUAUAUAAUAUUCUGAUGUUUUGGAUCAAACUAAGCUAAAAUAUAAAUAAGUUUUGAUUACGCUUUGAAAUUAUGAUGUUCAGCUGCUAGUUAACAUAAAUCAUGUCAAGGCAAGCUCAUCUUCCUCCUCGGUGUCCCGAUCAAAAGAAAACCGUUACUCGCCCAGCUUAUGGUCCAGUUUCCCCAACUUUAUGCAGUAUUGAAUUGCAUCCUGGGGCCCCAAGACACCAUAAAUCAAUCUCGCAAAGCUCUAUCUUUGAGGAGCAGCCAGCUUGGCUUAAUGAUUUGUUGAGUGAUUCGGACUCGGAUUCCAGUGGAAUUUUACACCGACGAUCUGCUAGCGAUUCCUUUACCCUUUUUGAUGGUCUUGGUCCAUUACCAAGUCUAGAUCAACUAGAUGGAUUGAAUACUCCAGAUUCUUGUGAACCAGAAAAUGAAUUUGAGUCUGGUUGUGCAUAUGGUCCCAAUUCCCCUCGUAGAAAGGACAACGUGGCAUUUCCUGAGAAUGCAAUCGUUUCAGCAUUAUCCGAAUAUGUUUUACAAAGUCCUCUGCAACAUUGGGAUGCCAAUAUGUGUGUUUCUGGAACUGCACAGCCAAAUUCAAUAGGUGGUGCCUUAGCUUCAGCUAGUGGGACUAAUACUGAGACAAAGCUGAUGAAAAGACAUCCUGGACAGCGAUCUAGAGUCCGCAAACUUCAAUAUAUUGCUGAACUGGAAAGAACUGUUGACAUACUUCAGAAUUUGGAGUCGGAUUUGGCUGUCAGAGUUACUUCCCUGCAUGAACGACGUCUUGCUUUAUCAAUGGAGAACAACACACUAAAGCAGCAGGUGGUGAGACUGCAAAAGGAGAGAUUUAAUGUGGAAGUAUUCUUGUCUUCACACGAGCUUCGUAAUUGAAGUCUUCCGGAAAGCAUUGCUCAAAAUACCAACUUCCAAUCGAUUAAGAUGUAAUUUUGCAUAAAAGCCUCAAACUUUUGCAAUCCAAUUAUUAUUAAAUUUCACCGUAACAAUGUAGUUUUGAUAGCUUAACUCAACAUAUUACAUGAUAAUUCUCUUGGAAAAUAAUGAAGUCUGGCUUUUAUACUUGAAGCGGAUUCUGUCUUAAGUGCUCUUGUAUAAUAGGUUGCCUACACUAAAAUAACCUGCCCCAAACAUAAUAUAGGAAUUAAUUGUAGUAGGUAAUGUAAUUAACUGUAUCCUGAGUGCUGCUUAUCGUGACGUUCCUACUGAGUUUUCUGGUGGUCCUUGGUUAAUCAAACAGUCUUAUUUUGUGAAAAACUUGUCGUAUCUUCAGCUAUUAAAAAUCUGACAUUACAACUCGUAAAUCACCUCUGGACAAUGGGUUUCUAAGGGUGUUGCAACUUCCACUUGGGACCAUGUUUUAAACUAGGACUAAACUGUCCUAAGACGAUGAGUCAAAUUAGGUUAUCAAAAGUAACUGGAGGCACAAUGUAAAAUCUGGGCCAUGAACCUUCUGAAACUUUUGAGUGUCAACUGAAGCUGACAAGAUGCAAUGCGCUCUUGGAGCAUUCUAUAAAAAUCUUACAGCUAGACUGCGCCUCGUGUCCAGAUUUGUUGUAUCCAGUACUUGCUAACAGUACUGAUAUGUUUGGUAUAUCUGAGUUGAACUUUAUUUGAUAGAAUUGAAGCAGAAAAAUAAGUCAAAUCUUGUUCACAUUCUAAUACUGUUAACGCCUAAUACCUGUGAUGCAUAUCUAUUGACAAAUGAUUGAGUAGACAAGAACGAGCAGAGGAAGAACAAAGUCAGUGAGAGGUUGAUCAUUCUGCAUAUGCUAAUACUACCCUCUGUCUCUCUGUCCAAGUUUGUCCUACGCUUAUUCCCUAUUUCCCAUU